UGCCAAUAAUAAUGCUGCAUUAUCAGGUAAAGUUGACUCGUCCAGUUGUAUAGAGAAAUGGGUCCAAUUGUUGCUUAAGGGAAUUCUUUUAAUGAUAUCAGAUGCAGGUUUGUGUAAAACAGUUUUUCAAACCUCUUCAACGGCUGGCAAAAUUAACUUCUCUCCGAUAGUAUGCGGUUUUCCGGAUUUUGCUAUAAGUAACGAGAUAUUGUAAGACGCCCGCAAACCAUCAUUUCUUUGUGACGUCGAAGCGAACAUUCUGUCCAGUGAAG